AUGGAGCGCUCAUACGCCAGUAUGAGUCCUCUGCUAUAUGCCAGCAAGUCUCAGUGCAUUAAACAGGAAUUAGCGGAAAAGCAGAGACAAGUGGAAAAUUUCCUCAAAUUUCUGGCUGAAGACUAUGGAACUAGUGUAAAUAGAGCUGUCACAGAGACUCAGACCCAACUCCACAGGAGAAAAGAAGUUACUCUCCCCAGCACAGAAGAUGUGAAGAUAAUGUACUCCUACAUUAUCAAUCAGAGAAGUAAAUAUUUCACAGAAGUGAAAUCAAAGUUUUCACCGGCAUCAUGGCGAAAACUUGGUGAAACUGCCUUGUUAUCCUUACUCAUUUUUAAUCGCCGCCGACCUGGGGAACUCGAAAGUCUCCACAUUGAAGAUUUUUGGAGCUAUCGUGGUAUCAAUGACAUGUCUGAUAAAGAGAUCUACGGAACUUUGAGCGCUGAAGGGAAAGCCCUAAGACACGUACGUUUUGAAAUUCGUGGCAAGCGUAAUCGUAGUGUCCCUGUUUUGGUGGAUGAGGAUGUUUUAGAAUGCCUGAAAAUCAUUGUUGAGUAUCAGGGGGCCGCAGGUGUGCCAGAGACUAAUUUAUGUCUAUUUGGACUCCCGUCAGAUGACAAAGAUCGUGACAAAUUCCUCAGAGCUUGUGACUUGAUGAGGGAAUACUCAAAAAAAUGUACAGCAGCUAUUCCUCACUUGCUUCGUGGCACUAAGCUGCGUAAGCACAUUGCCACCAGAUGUAUUCAUUUGAAUCUUGACAAGACAAGGAAGACAAGAAAGAAAAGAAGAAAACCCCCCAUUACGACGUCACUCACCACGUGA